AUGGCCAUGGAUCGCAAGCUAAAAGAUUCAUUCAAAAGCUUGUUCUUCAUAUCUUCCGGCUUAGCUUGUUUGACCUGUUUUUCCAUUUUGUUUUACAUAAAUUCUACGUCGAGAUUGUUAAACCAUCCUAAUAAGAUUCCACACCCAACCCAUCUAACCCUUAAGCCUCCCUUGCAAAUUUACUCCGUCAUCAAUCAUUUUCCGGCGGAAGUAGUCUCGUCGGCAACAACCCACCAGCGGAUUUCAUAUCGUGAGGAGGAGCGGUUCAGGUUGUCGUCGGUGCCGGCCAACCACGUCGUUGAUAACAAUGGCAAUGAUUCUGGUGGUGCUCAUCUUGAUCAGGUUGAACCCAAUAAUACAACUAGAAUUCAUCCGGAGCCGGCCGGCGAAACUUUGCCUUCUUAUAUCCGGAAUCAAAAUCGGCGGCCUAAUGAUGUAGGACCUCAACAGGGAAGUGAAGGGAAGAAAGUGAAGGAUCAAGCGUUGGAGGCGUACCAUGACAGAGAUUUCUUCAUGCAAGAAUACAAGGAAAUGAACAGAAGCUUGAGGAUCUUUAUUUACCCUCCAAAACCAAACGAUCCCUUUGCAGAUUUGAUGUUACCAGAGGAAAUUGAACCCGGGGGCAACUAUGCUAGUGAAAGUUACUUCAAGCAGAAUUUAUUCAAGAGUCAUUUCAUAACCAAAAAUCCAGCCGAAGCUGAUCUUUUUUACCUUCCAUUCUCCAUGGCAACUUUGAGGCAUGAUAGAAGAAUUGGUGUUCAGGGAAUCCCGGAUUUUGUCAAAAACUAUAUUUACAACAUCAGUCAUGAGUAUCCUUAUUGGAAUAGAACAGGAGGGGCUGAUCAUUUCUACGUGGCUUGUCAUUCCAUUGGAAGAACAGCAAUGGUGAAAGCGGAUGAAGUGAAGACCAAUGCCAUUCAAGUUGUGUGCUCUUCCAGCUAUUUUCUUACUGGUUAUGUUUCUCACAAAGAUGCAUCUAUUCCACAAAUUUGGCCUAGAAAAGGAAACCCUCCAACCAGACCACCAUCACAAAGCAAUAUCAAGCCUGCCGCCGGCGGUCCACCAAACCGAGUAGAGUCCGGUAAAACAUCCCUCCGGCUGGUUUCGCAUGAGGAGUACUUUAGAGUACUUUCUGAGGCGCCGGCCAACGUUGGUACUGGUCAUGGUGACCGGAACUUCUCCCAUCCAGUUUUGGUAAACGGGAGUGGCUUAUUUUCUGGUUAUUAUGAUCGUGUAAACGUGAAUCAUGUCCAACAAGAAGAAGAAGAAGACAAAAGUAGUACUAUUGAUCUUCCAGAGCCCGUCGGCAAAACUUCUCGUCUUUCCUCCGGAAAUCAUCAUAAUCAGUGGCUUGAGAUUGAUGAUGAUGGAAGGAUGCUUCCGCAGGGCAACGAAAAAGGAAACCAAUCGGAUGUUCUGGAAGUGUAUCACGAUAGAAAUCUUUUCAUCCAAGAAUACAAGGAAAUGAACAAGAGUUUAAAGAUCUUUGUUUAUCCGGUCAAACCCGGAGAUCCAUUUGCGAAUCUGCUCUUACCUGUAAAAUAUGAACCCGGUGGCAACUAUGCCAGCGAAAGUUACUUCAAGAAGAAUCUGUUCAAGAGUCAUUUCAUAACCAAGAAUCCAUCCGAAGCCGAUCUUUUCUACCUUCCUUUCUCCGUUGCGAGUUUAAGACACGACACAAGAAUUGGAGUAAAGGGAAUCCCGGAUUUUGUCAAAAACUAUAUUUACAACAUCAGUCAUGAGUAUCCUUACUGGAACCGAACCGGCGGCGCCGAUCAUUUCUACGUGGCUUGUCAUUCCAUUGGGAAAACUGCCAUGAAGAAAGCCAUUCAAGUUGAGAUAAAUGCAAUACAAGUUGUUUGCUCCUCCAGCUAUUUUCUUACUGGUUAUGUUCCCCACAAAGAUGCAUCCAUUCCACAAAUUUGGCCUCGAAAAGGAAAUCCCCCAACACGAGCACCCUCAAAGAGGAAAAAGCUAGCUUUUUAUGCGGGGGCAAUGAACUCUAGGGAGCGCAAGUUUUUAGUCCAAGUAUGGGAAAAUGACACGGAAAUAUCCGUCCACAAAAGGAGGCUUAAAACACCAUACUCAGAAGCACUUCUUGGAAGCAAGUUUUGCCUGCAUGCAAAAGGGUUUGAAGUAAACACAGCUAGAAUUGGGGAUGCUUUGUAUUAUGGUUGUGUCCCAGUUAUCCUUGCGGAUUACUAUGAUCUCCCAUUUUCGGACAUAUUGAAUUGGGAGAGGUUUUCGGUGGUGAUGAUGAGCAUGGAUAUUCCAAUGCUGAAGCACAUACUUGGCAAAGAAGUAAGUUCCAAAAACUACGUGAAGUUUCAGAGGAAUGUGAUGCAGAAAUUCCCAACAACAAUGGCAGCAGCUUCAGCUCUGGUGAUGCUCUGCAACACUCAGUUCUGUGCUAAACUAACUAAACUGCACUCCCUCAGAGCCAUUUUCUUUAUCCCCACCACUUUUGCUUUGCUCACCACUUGUUCUGUUCUCUUCUACAUCUCUUCCUCCUCUUCUACUUUUCUUUUCGUUUUCCCUGAACAAAGCCAUCUCCGUCUCCUUCAAUCAGCUCAUGGGUCGGCCUUAAAUUCGAGCUCAACUCUUAGGCAUCAUGGAUGUAGCAAUAAUCCCCCCAUUUUGGACUCAAUUCCCAGCUUAACAGGGGAAAGUAACUUAUUUUCGAACGAUUUCAAUAAAGGUUCUCACUUUGGCAUUGAUGAGGAGACUUUCCAGCGGAAUGCUGAGGAAUUGGACAAGAAAUCAAGUGGAGACGAUGUGGAUACAGAGGAGUACCAUGACAAGGAUCUAUUUAUGGAUAAUUAUAGGGAAAUGAACAAGAGUUUCAAAAUCUACGUUUAUCCUUACGGAAGAGAUCAUCCAUUUGCCAAUGUCCUUUUGCCAGUGGAGUUUGAACCUGGGGGUAACUAUGCUAGUGAAAGCUAUUUCAAGAAGGCACUUUUGUCCAGCCAUUUCAUAACCAAAGACCCAUACGAAGCUGAUCUCUUUUUUCUGCCCUUUGCAAUUGCCAGAUUAAGGCAUGAUUCUCGAGUUGGGAUCAGUGGCAUUCAGGAUUUCAUCAGAGACUAUCUAUUUAACAUCAGCCAUGAGUACCCUUUCUGGAAUCGCACUGGCGGUUCUGAUCAUUUCUAUGUUGCUUGCCAUUCUGUUGGACGGUCUGCGAUAAAUAAAGCUGUUGAACUUAAACUCAAUGCCAUCCAAGUUGUCUGUUCUUCCAGCUACUAUGCAUCAGCUUAUGUCGCUCACAAAGACGCGUCGUUGCCACAGAUUUGGCCGAGGCAUGGAGAUAACCCUGAUUUUGCAUCCAAGAAAAGGGAAAAGCUCGCUUUUUUUUCUGGUUCAUUGAACUCUCCUGUCCGUGAAAAGCUUCUUCAAGUAUGGGAAAAUGAUACAGAGAUAUCUGUCCACAGAGGUCACCUUCAAAGAUCAUACACUGAGGAGCUUCUUGAUAGCAAAUUCUGCCUUCAUGUUAAAGGCUUUGAGGUUAACACAGCUCGUAUUGGUGAUGCAGUAUAUUUUGGGUGUGUGCCUGUGAUCAUUGCCAACCAUUAUGAUCUUCCAUUUUCUGACAUGCUUAACUGGAAGAGUUUUUCUGUUGUUGUUGCAACAUUAGACAUCCCACAGCUGAAGAAGAUUUUGCAGGACAUUAGUGAUGAUGAAUAUGUAGUACUGAGAAACAAUCUUCUAAAAGUUAGAAAACAUUUCCAGUGGCAUUUUCCUUGUCUUGAUUACGAUGCAUUUUAUAUGGUCAUGCUUGAACUGUGGCUACGGCGCAAUUCCAUGAGAGUUAUUGGAGAUGUAAAUUAA